AGUGGCCGCGCAAGGCGCCUGGAGCCGGGCCGGGAGCGGCGGGGGCCGGGAGCCGGGCGCGGGGCUGGCCCGGCCGGGCUCCCCUGGAAGCUAGUCCCGAGCGGAGGGCUCUAUUGUUAUUUAUGGUGCGGCUGUUGCACGCUGUGCCUGCUGCCCGGGCUCGGCGCAUGGGGCUUGCCCGGCUAGAGUACAGGGAGGGACGGGCGGGCAGACUCACCCGCGCUGGGGGGAGCCCGUAGUGGGCACCGGCAGGCCGUCUCCAGCGGAGCCCAAAAGUUUUGCCUGCCGGAGCAGCAGCAGCAGCCUUUGCUGAGGAGCUGUGUACUGGCGAUCAUUCACUCAGAGCCUUUCUCACUGCUAUCUCUCGUAACAGGUGAAUGUCUGCAUCUCAACAAGAUCCUAACGGUACACUUCAGUUGGUGUUGUAACUUGUUGUGAUGGAAUCCAGCCCUGUAUUGACACCCUACGCACUAUUGUAAUAAUCUCUGAACAAGGUUUUUAAAGAGCUCCCCAUCUUGCCCCUUGCCUGUUGCAUCUGAGACUGGAACACAGAAAAGUCAAUCUCCUGAGAACCACUUUCUGAGUGAUUCCAGCUUCCGAACAUGUUUCCCAUGGUAGGGGUUUUGAUCCCUUGCCAGAUUUGCCCUGAGCCUUGAGUGAAUAUGUGUAAUGCCCACAAGUAAAACUGUGCCUGAUCCCACUCCAAAUGAAGUCGAUGGAAAGACUCCCCUUGACUUCAGUUGCAGUUGAAUCAUGUCCACAGAGCAAACGUGUAUAGGGUAAGAAGAGUGACCUUUUUGGGUGGCUGUAAGUGAAGAUUGCUUUGCAGAAGCAACUAAAGUAGAUCACAGCGCCUGAGAGAAUCUGAGCAGUCAGGAAAAAGAGACUUAACAUUUGGAGAAGAAGAAAAAAAUUCCGAGAUCCGAGCCUGUUGGUCCAUAGAGGAGAGAACUGAUUGAAGAAAGGAAAUCUUUCCCGGAAGACAGCCUUGUAUUCAGUGAUUGUAUUGUAAAAAAGGGAGAGAGCACUCCUGCAAGGCGACUAGCACAGUAAUAGAGCAUCUGAUGGCUAGAAAAUUCUGUGUGGAACAAACAAGGACUUAGAAGGUCUAGGACAAAGGGAUAGGGCUAUGAACAAGGUUUUUGAGUCAUGAUGCAAGAAUCUGGGAUUGAGACAAAAAGUAACGGUUCAGCUAUUCAGAAUGGAGCAAGCAGUGGCAACCAUUUACUAGAGUGCAGUCUACGGGAAGUGAGAUCCAACGGUGAGACACCUUCAGUUGAAAUUGGGGCUGCAGAUUUAGCACAUCUUCAGCAACAGCAGGCUCUGCAGGUGGCACGGCAGUUUCUACUGCAGCAACAGCAGCAGCAACAAGUUAGUGGAUUAAAGUCACCCAAGAGGAAUGACAAACAACCAGCCCUUCAGGUCCCAGUGUCAGUGGCUAUGAUGACACCUCAAGUUAUCACUCCCCAACAAAUGCAGCAGAUCCUCCAGCAACAAGUGCUAACUCCCCAGCAACUCCAGGUCCUGCUCCAGCAGCAGCAGGCACUCAUGCUUCAACAGCAGCAGCUUCAAGAGUUUUAUAAGAAACAACAGGAACAGUUGCAGCUUCAACUUUUACAGCAACAACAUGCUGGAAAACAGCCUAAAGAGCCACAGCAACAGCAAGUGGCUACACAGCAGUUGGCCUUUCAGCAGCAGCUCUUACAGAUGCAACAACUGCAGCAACAGCAUCUCCUGUCUUUGCAGCGUCAAGGUCUGCUAACAAUCCAGCCUGGCCAGGCUACCCUGCCUUUGCAGCCUCUUGCUCAAGCAUUUGCUGCCUUCCACUUCCAAACUGAACGUUACCCUCAUACACUGAAAGGCAUGAUUCCAACAGAACUGCAGCAGCUCUGGAAAGAAGUGACAAGCUCUCAUACAGCAGAGGAAAUAGCAAGCAACAACCACAGCAGUUUGGACCUGUCCACCACAUGUGUCUCCUCUUCAGCACCUUCUAAGACCUCCUUAAUAAUAAACCCACACGCCUCAACUAACGGACAGCUAUCGGUCCACACUCCUAAAAGGGAGAGUUUAUCCCACGAGGAGCACUCACAUAGCCAUCCGCUCUAUGGACAUGGUGUAUGCAAAUGGCCAGGCUGUGAAGCAGUUUGUGAAGACUUCCAGUCAUUUUUAAAACAUCUCAACAAUGAGCAUGCGCUGGAUGAUAGAAGUACAGCCCAAUGUAGAGUACAAAUGCAGGUUGUUCAGCAGUUAGAGCUACAGCUUGCAAAAGACAAAGAGCGCCUGCAAGCUAUGAUGACACACCUGCAUGUGAAGUCAACUGAACCAAAAGCCACCCCUCAGCCUCUGAAUCUGGUAUCAAGUGUCACACUGUCAAAGACUGCCUCUGAGGCGUCUCCACAGAGCUUACCUCAUACUCCGACCACCCCAACUACACCCAUCACUCCUGUCAUCCAGGGACCUUCUGUCAUCACUACCACCAGCAUGCACAACGUUGAACCAAUCAGGAGGCGGUGCCCUAAUAAAUACAAUGUGGCCAUUUCUUCAGCAGAUCUUGCUCAGAACCAAGAAUUUUAUAAGAACGCAGAGGUUAGACCACCAUUCACGUAUGCAUCUUUAAUUAGGCAGGCUAUCCUCGAAUCUCCAGAAAAGCAACUAACACUAAAUGAAAUCUACAACUGGUUCACACGAAUGUUUGCUUACUUCAGACGCAAUGCAGCAACAUGGAAGGGUGCCAUUCGCACCAACCUCUCACUGCAUAAGUGCUUUAUCAGAGUAGAGGAUGAGUUUGGGUCCUUUUGGACUGUUGAUGAUGAAGAGUUUAAACGUGGCCGUCAUAUUCAACGAGGCCGUCCUCGAAAAUUCUGCCCUGAUGAAAACUUUGGCGAGCUUGUUGCACAUAACCCUUCUCUUAUUAAAAACAUACAGACCAGCCACACCUACUGCACACCUCUCAAUGCUGCUUUACAGGCUUCAAUGGCUGAUAAUAGUAUACCUCUAUACACUACUGCUUCCAUGGGAAAUCCCACUCUGGGCAAUUUAGCCAAUGCUAUGAGGGAAGAUCUUAAUGGUGCAAUGGAGCAUACGAACAGUAAUGAGAGUGACAGUAGUCCAGGACGUUCCCCUAUGCAAGCAAUGCACCCUGUGCAUGUCAAAGAAGAACCGUUGGAUCCGGAUGAAAACGAAGGCCCGCUAUCCUUAGUGACAACAGCCAAUCACAGUCCAGAUUUUGAUCAUGACAGAGAUUAUGAAGAUGAACCUGUAAAUGAGGACAUAGAAUGAGUAUGCCUGACGUCAUUAUCCUGAGAAUGAAGAUUGGAAAAACAUGUCAAAUUUAGCUGUGAAAUCUCUCCAUUAUUGUACAGUCUGGAGGAUUUUCAGUACACUUUGACAACUAUGAAAUAUGUUAACUCUUAGUGCCAUCAAGUAUCCCAUUUGGGAGUAUUUUUGAUUUUUCUACUUUUUGUUGAAAAAAGGAAUUUGUACUCUGUGCAUUGGAUGGACUUGUUUGGUACUUGGGAUUUUCCUCUCUUACAGUCAACAUCAGUGUUGUAAAUUUGCUAAACUGAUUCACUUACUCACAUUUAGCAGCAGGUUUUGGACUGCAGUCCUGCCAAUUUUGGACACUGAGGACAUCAAACUCUGAGCAUGUACACCUAAACUGCAGAUCAAGCCUUUGCCCAGAUUUUAAGGAUUCCAAUGGACAACAUAUUUGCACAGUACUGCAUGUUGGUUAUCACUGCCUUUACGCCUUUUUUUUUUUUUGCUUCCAUUUGGGAUGGGGAAGGCAUGUGUGUGCGUGUGUGUGUGUGUGUGUGUGUGUGUGUGUGUGUGUACUGGCAAGGGGUUACAAGAAAUAUUAUCCCAAACUUUUUAAUGUAUUGCUUUUAUUUCCCCCACCACCACUUCUGCUCUACCAUUUUAAGUUCUGACCUCAGGCCACAUCUCGGCCCAGGGCCUCUUGAAGGCCUAAUGUUUUCUGUACUUUGUGAUGAAUGUUAAUAGGUGUUUUUAUUAUACGAAGCUGAAUGUCAUUGAAUUGUUUGUAGUUUUUUCCGUCAUUCAUUCCAGUCUCCUUCAGAUGCCACCAUGUUUUCUUCAGCUAUGGAAAACAUUCCAUUCUGGUGUCUGUUUUUUUGAAAAGGUCCCAAAUGCUGCACUGUACACACCGAAGGGUCGUCCAACAGAGAGAGAGAGAGAAAAGAAGUACUGUAAGAAUGAGAAUGAAUGACAGAUGAACAUAGAAAUACUGUAGGAAGCAACAUAAAUUCAUUCCACAAAACAGGGUUUUUUUGAUUUUUGGUUUUGGUUUUUGAUUUUUUUUUUUUUUGGCAGCAAUGGUGAAUGAAUAUUAGCAAAUGCCACAAAAUUGAACAGCACAAAGAAACAUAUGCAGCACCAACAGAAUUCACUUCAUUAGAGAAUGAAUACUCCGGUGGCAGGCUCUCAGUUGUUUAACAUGAGUUUUAAUGGGCCAACAAAUCUUUCUGGAAUAUCUAAGAUUACCAAGCUGGGUACCUGUACAUUUAUUAUUAUUUUUCAUUUGCGAAUAGUGGUUGGAAAGAUGACUUCAUUAAACUGUUGUAAUACGUGGCGAUGUUUCUCAGUUAAACAUCAGUUCAGGAUUGCUUGGUGGCAUUAAUCUGUUCGAAUACAAAUUAGAUUUCAGAUUGAACUUGUUAUGGCAGUUAAUAAGGACUGAGCCCACUAAUGCUAAAGUGUUAAUAAUUUCAACUGUGCAAAUUCUGUACUGCAGUUAAGAUUGUUAUGCAAUAUUACACCAGCCAGUAUCAAAACCUCACAGUAGAAAACAGUAAACAGUGGGAUGGGGGGGAAGGAAAGAGCACUGGGGCUUGUUUGGUAAAACUGGCAGUGCUCUUCAAAGCGAACAUUACAUGCAGAAAGCUGUUGUUACAGGGUCAGUACACCUCAGUCCCCAAACACCUACACACUUUCAUUCUGCAACCACUUUUCUGUCACUCAUUUAUUUAUGUAGGACUGUAGCUUUUUGUUUAAUUAUUAUUAUUUCAAAAAAAGCCUUUCAGAGCUUAAUUUAUAUUCUUCUUUGUACCUUUCCCCCCCUAAAAUUACCAAAGAUAUUACACAAAGGUAAAUUAUGUUCUCUAUUAUAUGCUUUAUCUUAUGAAGCCAAAUAUCCUCUUAUUGUUGAUCAAGGGAGGUUGAAGAAUUUAGAGGGAAAUGACAAGAUAUGGGCUAUUGCUAACCUGAGAGGGAAACUGCUCCUUUAUUCUAGUAAAUUUAGCUGGCCAAGCAGAUGACUGAACCAAAGUUACUUUUUAUUCGUAUUCCUUUACAGCGACCAAACCGAAAUUCUGUAAAGAGAAAUCGAGAAGAGCUUUUGAGGUUAAAACUAGGAAACAGUGUUACAGGGGGAGCCAUAAGAAGGGAGCUGGAGAAAGCGAGUGCAGUGGUUUUGCAGAAAAUUGGAGUAUCAAAUAAAGGAGACAGUUUAAUAAAACACAAAAGAGAACAGAAAAGCUCCCACAAUUUUACUGGACCGCAUAAUAGUAUUCCUAGAAUGAAAAAAAAAUAAAAUACUUUUGGGGUCUUUGUUUUUACAGAUUGUAUGCCACUUUUGUUUAAGGAUUGUGCUAAGAUGACUGCUUUAAUUUUUGGUUUGUCUUGGCAUAUUUGCCGAGUUUUGUUUAGUUUUUGAUCAGCAUUUUUCAUACGGAAAUAACACUCCUGUCCACACAUAAGCUUUGGUACAAGACAUUUUAUUGGCAGUUACUUUUCUGAAGCUCAACUCUGCGUUCUGUUUUUAAACGAGAGAAAAGAAAAGGAAAAAAAGGGCAGUCUGUGGUCAUUUGAAAUUUUUUUUUUUUUUAAUUAUAUCCAGGCAGCUUCAUGAUGUGCCGGCAAUAGCCAGAUGGGGAUCAUGAGAAGUGGUCCCUGUGCUUCUAAACUGAGUGGUUUGCUGGUUAGUUCGGUAUUCAAAAGAGGAUAAAAAUCUGGUAGAUUAGUUCAUUCUCAGCAUGUGUAGCUAGACAUGAGUAAAGAUAACAGCAUGAGAAACUGUUAGUACGCAUACCUCAGUUCAAACUGUUAGGGAAUGAGUAAAUAAAAAAUACAUUUCACUCAGUUGCACUUAGUUGUAUGUCUUGCAUGCUUAGUCUAAAGACUGUAGCAAAAUAAAGAAAGAAAAAGAGAAAAAGAAAUAAAAAUUAGAUUUUAACAUAUCUGGCAGGUGUCACAGCCUUGCAGAAGAACCAACUGAAAAUCUCAGGCUUUACAUCAAGCAAACUUCACUAUGAUUUUUACAGUUCUGAUUCUGUAUCCCUUUGGAUAUACAGUUGCUUCUUUAGGGUGGGGUUUAUUAUGUUGUACAUAUAUAUCCCAAUGUGUCUGUGUGAGCCUUUGUCUUUUUGGGGGGGAGGGAGGGAGAAAAGGGGGAAGGUCCCUUUUUUUUAGAUACCAUUCCUCAAAAGGAAUAAAUGCAUACCUGUUUGUCAAAACACCUUUUGCUUUUUGUGCAACUGCUUUAUAUUAACUAUACUAAAAAAAAAAAAAUAGCUUUGGAAAAAAAAAACCUACUGUAUGUAAUGGAAUUGCAGAAUAUGCUGCAUAUGUAUUUUAUUUAGUUAUCCUUGCUUUAAGAAUAUUGGAUGACAUUUGCUGACAUGUGGGAGAAAAUCCCUGACCUUUUUUUUUUUUUUUUUUUUUUUUGCUUUUAAAUUGUAACAUAGUUGACAGAUUAUUUUUUUUUCUCUUGUUAUCAUUGAUCGAAGCCUCUUUUGUACAGUUUGUGUUAAGCUGGGGUUUUUUUUGUUCGUUUGGGUUUUUUUUAAUACUUUCCCACCCCUUCUGUUAUCUUACCACUGCCAUUUCUGGCUGUCUUAAACAAAGGUUCAUACAUUUGAAAAGUGUAAAAAAAAAAAAAAAAAAAAAAAUUUAAAAAUGUUUUUCUCCUGCUGCAGUAAAUAUUUUGCAUGAUGAAUUCCAGGGUCACACUUUCAAAGUUUAUCAGUGAAGUAGUGAUUAAUAAUGGGGCGUGUCAAACUAUUGAACUUUUGUAUAAAGAAAAAAAAAACUUUACAAGGUGCCAAGAUGUAAAGACAAUUUGUUACAUGUUUUUUUUCUCAAAGAAAAGCGUACAUUAUGAAAGUAGUACCAUGUAUCAGGUAAAUCGCUGUCAGGAAUGAGAGUCAAAGCCUUCCUUGUCCACAAAGAAAAGUUUGUAAAUGUAAAACCUGUUAGGUUUCUGCAUUUGACUAGAAGUGAUAUGAAAAAUCAAGGCUUAUGUAGAACAACGGUGACCACAAAAUAUAACCUUUUUUGAUUGUCGCUUAUGAGAGUUCAAGUAUAAUUUCCCGCACUCUUCUUAAACUCAGAUUUUGGGAGAGAGAAUGGGGCAGGGAUUGUGAUUCUACAGAUACUGCAGAUCAUUAGCUAUUUUAUAUAUACGUAUGUAUACAAGUUUUUAAAAAUAAUUUUAAACUAUUGUAGUUUUCAGAUUGCCAACAAGCUACAUUCCUUAUAGCGUGAAGAAUGUGUUAAACUCUUUUGAAAUCCUUUGGUACCUUUGGUUAAUGUACUCAGACUGAAUUUUUAGAUGUUUCAGAAAUCACUUAGCGUUCUAGUCUUGAGAGUAAAAUUUGCAGUUAUGACUGCAUUUUAAUGGACCCAGAGUAGGUAACAAAAUAUCUUCUACCCAUAAGCCUUGAUGAAAAUGGUACAGUCCAGACUGUUAGCAUGGUGCUUCAUGUGUAUGUGCUGCCAGUAACGAGAUUUUUUUUUUAUAAGGCAUAAAAGAAACUCAUUCCUUACAUCAACUGUAAUUCCAUCAUUCCAUGUCUGUUGAUACAGACAAUAAAAAAUGUUGUGUAGUCAGUACUAAUUACUGACAUUAUAGCAUUCUCAAAUGCAAUAAAAUGCUGGUUGUUCACACUGGUAAUACAA